AUGGGAAAUGCAAAUCUGCCUGGCCUCUUGGAAAUCAUCACGAACUGGCCUGAAGCACCACAGGUUCCAGUCACACCUGCGACUCCGCUGUUGGUUCUGGGCUGUCCACAUGGCUGGGUCGGGUUCAAUGGGGUCUGCUACUACUUCUCAUGGGAUCACAGCACCUGGGAGCAGGGCCAGGAACGGUGCUCUGAGCUCGGGGCCUCCCUGGCCAUUGCCAAGGAUGAGGAGGCCAUGGAUUUGCUCUUCCGCCUCUGUGGGAACGGCGAUUUCUGGCUCGGGCUGGCGCAGGACGGGCGCGCCUGCACUGGGGAUGGCAGCAGCUACAGCUCCCGGUUUGAUGUCCUUGGCAAUUCCCAGUGUGUGUACCUGGCUGACGGGAAAAGGUUUAGUGAGAACUGCUCCAGUGAGCGGCCGUAUCUCUGCAGCAAGGCCCAAGCUCCCCUGUAA